UGAUUUCAUUAGAGUAAUGUCAAAAUGAAAAUACUGGCAACACGUAUUAAUAAGUGACCAGUCACAUAAAAUUUUAUGAAAAAAAAUUGGGCCUUUUCGAAGAGGUUCAACAUGGCAGGAGAUCAGGCGCAAUUUUACCAGUUACUAAAUACAUUAUUAUCGGCAGAUAACGACAUCCGAUCACAAGCAGAAGAAGCAUACAACAAUAUCCCGACAGAAACAAAAGUAGUCCACUUAGUGGGAGCUAUCCAGAAUGUGGAACUUGGUGAAGAUGGACGCCAGACAGCUGCAGUACUCCUCCGAAGGCUUCUUAGUGCAGAGUUCUUUGAGUUCUUUCCAAAGUUGCCGUUUGAACAACAGAAAAUCCUCAGAGAUCAGCUGUUGCUCAUGCUGCAAAUGGAUGUCAGCCAGCAGUUAAGGCGCAAGAUCUGCGACGUAGUGUCUGAGCUGGCCCGCAACCAUGUCGAUGACGAUGGCGUCAACCAGUGGCCGGAAUUCUUGCAGUUUAUGUACAACUGCGCGAGCGCACAGGACUCCAACAUCAAGGAGGCUGGUAUCAGGAUGUUUACAUCAGUACCUGGUGUGUUUGGCAAUCGUCAAAAUGAGAACUUGGAAGUGAUCAAGCGCAUGCUGCUUUCGGCACUGCAGCCUUGCGAAACUGAGGCGCUGCGCACGCAGGCCGUCAAGGCAGUCGGCGCGUUCAUACUUCUGCAUGACAAGGAGCCCGCUAUACAGAAACACUUCAGUGACGUGCUACUGCCGUUGAUGCAGGUGAUUGUGCAGUCUAUUGAAAAGGGCGAGGACGACUCUUCUCUGAAGGUGCUCAUCGAACUGGGGGAAUCUGCGCCGAAAUUUUUACGACCACAGCUAGAAGCCAUUUUCCAAGUGUGCAUAAAGGUGGUCGGUGACACAGACGCAGAAGACAACUGGCGGCAACUUGCUCUGGAGGCCAUGGUAACGCUGUGCGAGACUGCGCCAGCGAUGGUGCGCAAGCAGGUGCCGAAUGCAGUGCGCAUGCUCACGCCGCUCGUACUCGAGAUGAUGUGCGAGCUAGACGACGAGCUCGACUGGGCUUUACAGGACGACGCUGCCGACGACGAUAACGAACUAAAUUACGUAGCGGCCGAAUCAGCUCUCGAUCGGAUGUGUUGUGGGCUCGGUGGUAAGAUCAUGCUUGGAUUGAUUGUGGGACAAGUGCCAGAGAUGCUGCAUUCUGAAGACUGGCGUCGGCGGCACGCGGCGCUAAUGGCCGUGUCCUCCGCCGGCGAGGGCUGCCAUAAGCAGAUGGAGCAAAUGCUCGACCAAGUCGUCACUGCGGUGCUCAAUUAUCUCACAGACCCGCACCCUAGAGUGCGUUACGCGGCAUGUAACGCAGUGGGUCAGAUGUCCACAGACUUCGCGCCUGUGUUUGAGAAGAAAUUCCAUGACAAAGUGGUUCCUGGUCUCUUGGUGGUGCUAGACGAUAAUGCUAAUCCUCGUGUCCAGGCUCAUGCGGCUGCUGCUUUAGUGAACUUCAGUGAAGACUGUCCCAAACCUAUUUUGACUCAGUACCUUGACCCCCUGAUGAACAAGUUGGAAGUAAUUCUGACCACCAAAUUCAAAGAGCUGGUGGAACGCGGUACCAAGCUGGUAUUGGAACAAAUCGUGACAACAAUCGCUUCUGUUGCGGACACUGUGGAGAAGGACUUUGUAAUUUACUACGACAGAUUGAUGCCGUGCCUCAAGUACAUCAUCGCCAACGCCACCACUGACGAGUUAAAGAUGCUGCGUGGCAAGACCAUAGAGUGCGUUAGCCUUAUUGGUCUCGCUGUCGGCGAAGAGAAAUUCAUGUCGGACGCAUCGGAGGUGAUGGACCUGCUUCUCAAGACACACACUGAGGGAGAACAGCUGCCAGCAGAUGACCCUCAAACUUCUUACCUUAUCUCUGCCUGGUCACGUAUCUGCAGGAUUAUGGGCAAGAAAUUCGCCCAGUACCUGCCAAUGGUGAUGGAGCCAGUGAUGCGCACCGCUGCUAUGAAACCUGAGGUCGCGCUGCUGGACAACGACGACCUCGAGACCAUUGAAGGCGACCUCGACUGGCACUUCGUCACACUCGGCGAACAACAGAACUUUGGCAUAAAAACUGCUGGUUUGGAAGACAAAGCCUCAGCUUGCGACAUGUUGGUGUGUUAUGCUCGUGAGUUGAAGGAAGCGUUCGCCGAGUACGCAGAGGAUGUGGUGAAGCUAAUGGUUCCAAUGCUCAAGUUCUACUUCCACGACAACGUGCGGACGGCCGCUGCAGAAUCUUUACCUUAUCUGCUGGAGUGUGCACGCAUCCGUGGCCCGCAGUACAUACAGGGCAUGUGGGCUUACAUCCUCCCUGAACUGCUCAAAGCUAUUGAUUCCGAACCCGAACAAGAGGUCCAAGUCGAGCUUCUUAACAGCCUGGCUAAGUGCAUUGAACUUCUGGGUAUGGGCUGCCUAUCAAACGAUGAAAUGAUGGCAGAAGUAUUGCGCAUACUCAAUAAGCUUCUUACUGAACAUUUCGAGCGGGCCACUGAACGUCGUCAGAAACGCGCCGAUGAAGAUUAUGACGAAGUUGUAGAAGAACAAUUAGCUGACGAAGACAAUGAAGACGUGUACAGUUUGUCGCGUGUGGCAGACGUGUUGCAUGCUCUGAUGUCUGCCUACCGCGAAACUUUCUAUCCACACUUUGACACCUUGCUGCCACACCUCGUGCAGCUUCUUACGCCUAACCGACCUUACUCCGAUCGCCAAUGGGCCAUAUGCAUUUUCGACGACAUCAUAGAAUUCGGAGGACCGGCUUGUGUGAAAUAUCAAGACAUCUUCUUGGAACCAAUGCUGAAAGGUUUAUGUGAACCAGAGUCUGAAGUGCGACAGGCAGCAGCAUACGGGUGCGGAGUGCUGGCGCAGUUUGGCGGCGCGCAGUUUGCCGGUGCAUGCGCUCGCGCAGUGCCGCUGCUCGCCGCACUUAUUGCAGAGCCCGACUCGCGUUCUGUCGAGAACAUCAACGCAACCGAGAACGCCAUCUCCGCCGUCACCAAGAUCAUCAAAUAUAACCACUCACAAAUCAACAGGGAUGAAAUUAUCAGGCAUUGGCUGACGUGGCUUCCAGUGACCGAAGACACGGAGGAAGCACCACACGUAUAUUCGUUACUAUGUGAGCUGGCGGCUAGCGGACACGCUGUGCUGGCUACACCCGACGCUCCACAGCGCGUCAUUGCCAUACUCGCCGAGGCAUUCUUGCGCGACGCCGUGCCAGAUGAUAACCCUGUCUAUGCUCAAAUGGUAGCGCUCGUACGACAAAUACAAAGCAACGCAGAACUGUUCAACUCGUGCUUGAUGCAGUUGAGCAACGAACAUAAGGAGGCAUUGCAGAUGGCGCUGUCCACAUAGUGGCGCCGGGCGCCACGCGCCGCCUGCGCGCUUCCACUCUUCACCGCAUCCGCCGCACGUCGCCCCACCCGCCAUGACCGCCUGUAUCCUCCGGUCCUUAUAUGAGUGAUUUGUAUGCUAUUGAUGUUAUAUUCCAAAUAAACAAUUCUCUUAUGUAACUUAAGAGAGUUUUCAACUGUUUAUGAAGUGACUGAUAAAGAGUAAAAUUAACUGUGACCAUGAAGUUUUAAACUACCCUUAUGCUGUCAAAGAAUAUUUCUUUCUUCGAUCUCAAUCUUUGAAAUAUCAGUUGGGCUAAUUAAAAUUGCUGUGAUAUAUUUUUGUACUGUUUUUGAAGUUGUUCAUGCUUAAGCCCUCUAAAAGAGUAGCCCCCUAUAAUAUGACACACGUUACAUUCAUGUGUUUGUAGAUGUUUUUUUUUUUUCAUAAUAUAAUCAUUUUAUCAGAGCAAAUAUGGGGAUGGUCCAAUUUUUUUAAUACUAGUGUAUUAUCCCCAAUAUUCAAUGUAAUAUGUUAAGAAAGUAAUUUAUAAAUGUCACAUAAUUUAUUAUAACUGCUUUUCAAAUUUGAGCUCACACAUACUGUUAGCAAAAUAGUUUUGAUUACUUCUUUCUUCUAAGUCUAUAUUAUUAAGUUUGAGUCAAUCUUUUAACCUAGGCAAGUAAUUGCUUUGCUCUUAAAUUCUAAAAAAGAGGUGGCAGCAGUGUUACAUAUUUUAUUUGCAUACCAAAACUCAUUGCAAAAUAAAGGCCUUUUAUUUUAUUAUUUUGCAGAAGUCAAAAACUGCAGCUAAAAUAUACUUUAAAUUAAAAUAAAUAGAUAAUUGUUUAUUUUUAUUGUACUCUGCAUAAAAUUCAAUAUAAAGAAUUGGGCCGUCUGCAUUUAAUAUGUUGUAUAGUUUGCCGUAAUUCGGUUACGAUGGGUAUUUGGUGGUUGUUUCUCGCGAUGGACGAGACAUCAUGUCUGUUUGUAAGGAGUAAUUUUAUUCAAUAAAUAUAUAUAAUAUUAUAUAUAUACAUCUCUUUCUUUAAAACUAAAAUAAAAGUUAUUUGACAUUCAAAA